CCCUUCCAUUAUCUUUUGGUCUGUUAUCCGCUCUCCCCCUCCUUUUGCUUCCCCCCACGCUUCCGGAGACUCGUCCAGCAAUGACUUCUCCCGAUGCUGGUGGUCGCGGCGGGAAGCUGGAGCUCCUUGCUUGCAUAGCACUGGUCAUCGUUCUCUUGAAGUUCUUCCUCGCUGAUUGGCUCUUCUAUCUCCUUCUCCUCCUCGGUGUCAUCAAGUUGUUCAAGGAAAGGCCGGCCCCGGAACUCCCUGGAGACCGGAAACCGAACCCCACUCACGGGCCAGCGGGAGCAAUGUCGGAGUCGGACCAGGUGUCACUGCCUCCGGGAUGCAAGUACGAAGUCUUCCUGAGCUUCAGAGGACCAGACACCCGCCAGGGAUUCACUGAUGUCCUUUACCAUUAUCUCGUAGAUGCCGGGAUUUAUGUUUUCAGAGACAACGAGGAUAUCCGUAAAGGCGAGUAUAUCGGCGAUGAGAUCCUGAGAGCCAUCGGGGAAUCCAGGAUCUUCGUGCCCAUCUUCUCGAGGACCUAUGCUCGCAGUAAGUGGCGCCUCAUUGAACUCGCCAAGAUGGUGGAGUCCAAGGAGAAAUCGAGCGGCAGUAAAAAGAUCCUGCCCAUUUUCUAUGACGUGAUAGUCGAUGACGUCAAGCUCAAGACGAAGUUGUACACUGGAGCUCUGUUGAUACACAGGAAGAAGUUCAGUACUGACAUAGUGCACCAGUGGGAGAAGGCUCUUAGAGAUGCCGGAAAAAUCAAGGGAUGGGAACUGAAGGAUAAAGGUUAUGCAGAAUUUGCCAAGGAAUUUGUCAGGAUGGUUUCAGCAGAGUUGAAAGUGAAGCAAAAAUAUGUGACUGAGAGCCUAGUUGAGAGGAUUGAUCAGCAAGAUGCUCUUAUAAGCUUGUUGGAUCUAGAGUCCUCUCAUGAUGUUCGGUUGGUCUGGAUACAUGGAAUGGGGGGUAUUGGCAAGACGACACUUGCUAAGGCUGUUUUCAACCGACUCUGCAAUCACUUUGACGGCUGCAGCUUCCUUCUAGAUGUGCAAGAAACAACCGAGCGCAAGGGUAUUGAACACUUGCAGAGACAAGUCUUGCAAGAUCUUGGUGUUAAAGCAGCAGACAUCACCAUCACUGACGAGGAUGAUGGGAUCCAGGAAAUAAGCAAAAAGUUGCAGAAAAGAAAAGUUCUAGUUGUUCUGGAUGAUGUGCACGGCCACCGGGAGCAUAUUGGAAAACUAGCAAGAGAGGCUAGUUGGUUUGGAGUCGGAAGCAGGAUUAUUAUUACCUCUCGGAGUAGAAAGGUUCCUGCAUUUGAAGGUGGAACAGUCAAGAUAUUCGAAGCAAAACCAAUGGAAUUCAAAGAAUCUCUCCUCCUUUUCAGUAGGCAUGCCUUUGGGAAGGAGAGUCCGCCGCAUGACGCCCUUGACCUUUCGGAGGAAGCCGUCAGAAUUACCGCAGGGCUUCCCUUGGCUCUUGAAAUAAUAGGUUCAAAUCUUCGAACAAGUGAUCAUGGCUGUUGGAAUCAAACGAUAGGUACCUUACAGAAAAUACCGGCCAAGAAGGUCCAGGACAGGCUUAAGAUAUGUUAUGAUGCUUUAGACUGGGAAGUGAAGAUGAUAUUCCUUGAUAUCGCAUGUUUUUUCAUUAAUGAGAAGAAAACAAAAGCCAUUUACAUGUGGCAAGCCUGUGACUUUGAACCAGAGUUGGCAGUGCAAGAGCUUGUCGAGAAUUGUUAAUGUCACAUGCUUACUAUUUUAUCUA